ACCUCCCUACUGGGUCAUUAUGGGAGGUGGAGGGUGAAAGUUAAAAACAAUCCAGCAGACCUUGAUGAGAGGGCUAUAAAAGCUGUGCUCUCUGAGGAGACUCAUCCUGUUUGGUGGCUGCCACCUCACACAGCUUCUGAUAUCUUGGAGAACUCCUCUUCACUGUACCUGUCACCAUGGCCCACCGAUUUCCAGCCCUCACCUCAGAGCAGAAGAAGGAGCUCUCCGAUAUUGCUCAGCGCAUUGUUGCCAAUGGGAAGGGCAUCCUGGCGGCAGACGAAUCUGUGGGCACCAUGGGAAACCGCCUACAAAGGAUAAAGGUGGAGAACACUGAGGAGAACCGCAGGCAGUUCCGAGAGCUCCUCUUCACUGUGGACAACUCCAUCAACCAGAGCAUCGGGGGAGUGAUCCUUUUCCACGAGACCCUCUACCAGAAGGACAGCCAGGGCAAGCUGUUCAGAAACACUCUCAAGGAGAAGGGGAUCGUGGUGGGCAUCAAGUUGGACCAAGGAGGUGCCCCCCUUGCAGGAACAAACAAAGAAACCACCAUUCAAGGGCUUGAUGGCCUCUCCGAACGCUGUGCUCAGUACAAGAAAGAUGGUGUUGACUUUGGGAAGUGGCGUGCUGUGUUGAGGAUCGCUGACCAGUGUCCCUCCAGUCUUGCUAUCCAAGAAAACGCCAAUGCUCUGGCUCGCUAUGCCAGCAUUUGUCAGCAGAAUGGGCUGGUACCUAUUGUUGAGCCAGAAGUGCUUCCUGAUGGAGACCAUGACCUAGAGCACUGCCAGUAUGUUUCUGAGAAGGUCCUGGCUGCUGUCUACAAGGCCCUCAAUGAUCAUCACGUUUACCUAGAGGGCACCCUGCUAAAGCCCAACAUGGUGACUGCUGGACAUGCCUGCAGCAAGAAGUAUACACCGGAGCAAGUGGCUAUGGCCACCGUUACAGCUCUCCACCGCACUGUCCCUGCAGCUGUUCCUGGUAUCUGCUUUUUGUCUGGAGGCAUGAGUGAGGAGGACGCUACACUCAACCUCAAUGCUAUUAACCGUUGCCCUCUGCCAAAGCCCUGGAAACUAAGUUUCUCAUAUGGAAGAGCCCUACAAGCCAGUGCACUGGAUGCCUGGGGUGGCAAGGCUGCAAACAAGAAGGCAACCCAGGAAGCUUUCAUGAAGCGGGCCCUGGCCAACUGCCAAGCAGCCCAAGGAAAGUAUGUUCACACAGGCUCUUCAGGUGCUGCUGCCACCCAGUCACUCUUCACAGCCUCCUACACCUACUAGACCCUGUCGCCUGCCAGCUAGGUUCCAGUUCUCCUAAA